AUGACCGACUCAGAGGCCGCGAAGUCAACACUGACGCCAGACAAUGAGGAAUUGUCCAAAGAACAAAGACUCGAAGCAGCACGCAAGAAAUUCGAGGAUUUGAAAAAGAAAAAGAAGAAGGAUAAGAAAAAGGCCAAACCCGAAGGUGAAACACCACCACUGGGCGAGCCUGAUGCAGAAGCUGCCAACGACGACGAAGCCGAAACAAGUGGAAUAGGCGAUAAUGAAGAAGAGCGAGAACAAGAAGGAGAAGCAGUAGUAGCAACUGGGGGAAACGAGACAAAAGCAAAUCUGGUGUCGACCGAGAAAUGUAAGGAUGAUCAAGCAGCUAGCCCAGAUCAAGAAGUAGACCCACAAGUCAAGAAAGCCGAGGAGAUCAGAGAAGAAGUGAUCAAUGCCGCCGUAAAUGAGAUUCCCAAAGAUGAAAAAGCCAAUGAAAGCGAAUUGCAGAAACUCAUUGAUGAGCAAAAACACACUAUUCAGACGUUAAAAGACGAAAUCAAGGAGUUGAAACUAUCCAAGAUGGAGCUCAAUGACAAAAUCAGCGACUUGGAACAUGAAAACGAGCAAUUGAAAGCAUCGCAGACCCACCAGGCAUCUGCUUCUGCUUCUGCAUCUUUGCCUGCGGCUGCGUUGCUGACUGCCGCACCUGCCGUCUCCACGAUACCAAAGCCCGCGGCUCAAGUAUUCACGACAAACACCUAUGCCUCCAUUUCGCAGCAAAACUUGAGUAAAUUUAACUCCACUGAGGAUUUCAGGGAGAAGCUCAUGGUUUGGAAAGGAUGGCAAGUGGAUAUGAGAGAAUGGAGCCAACCAGAAGCCCAGAUUGUCCUCUAG